AUGUUAAUAUCAGAUUUGACUGAUCAUCAAUUACUUAGAAAAUUUUAUGAAUUAGAACCUAAUGAAGAACUCAUUCAAUUGGCUCAACAAAUUUGGCAAAUAACAGCUGAUGAACAGAAAACAAAAGAACAACAAGAAAUACUUCGACAACGUAUUUAUUUAAAACGAUUACCACCAAAAACAGAUCAAACGAUAAAUCAAUUACUUGAUGAUAGUCGAAUAACACUUUCCAAUCCUUUUCUUGAUCAAGAUCAACGUGCUAGUUUUGUAUCACGUUGUUCAAAAACAAUCAUACAAUGUAAGUUUAAUUUAAUGAUUGUAGAAUUGGACGAAUUUGCAAUUGUUACACAUCGUUACGAUCUGACAUUAACUAAAUUAAAAGAAAAAUUAUUAAAUCUUAAUAAGGAAAAUCCACUUGUUUAUAAAACUGAAUUGAAAGAUAUCAUUGAAGAACGUCGACAAGCCAUGAUACAACGAUUUAUUCGAAUGCGUCAACAUAAAUUGAAGACUUUUUUCGACCAAGCUCCGACGGUGGACACCAACUAA